GAACGGAAUUGCGAAAUGCACCGUUCUGAUUCCUCAAGGAUAUCGUUCUCCGUGAUGAGGUGUGGUUCAACCAUACUAAACUUGUAGGUAGUCAAAAUUUCGAUUUAUAAAGAGAAUGACAAACUCAAGUUUCCUGGUGGUGGUGAUGAUUCCCAGCUUUGUUGUUCUUGACAUUGGAUGUGGUGUGUUCGUCGGAGGGAUCGACGAUGAGGACAAGCGGCAAGGGGAAGAGAAUCUCCUCUUUCACCUAUCAAGAUCUUAUCUAAAUUACAAAAGAUUGGGAAGAAUCUUGUGCCCUGGAAAAGAAGAAGACGCACGCGAGUUUUUAAGGGAUGCUGCAACUGUCAUGCUCUCUGGUCAAGUUUCUGAUGGUUUUGCUACAAUCUUCAUUGGUGAAUUGGCAUAUCUUGCAUUCUUUAAACCGGUAGCAGUUCACUGCAUCGAUGCAUAUCUAACUGAAGUUGUUCCUAAACUGGCUGAGCUUGGUGCAUACUUGUCUUUCUCUGGCUGGUUCACUUUCAUUGAUGAGAAAAUUGCCAAGAAGACUUUGAAAUCGACCAGUGAAAAUGGUGUCUCUCUACAGAAUUGUAACAUCAUCUCUGAUCAAAGAGACAAAAGAACAACCGUCUUCUGAUUCUACCGUUGUGUGUUAUUUUUUGUUUGUUCGUUGAUGUGUUUGGACAAAACUCAAUUCAAUACCAAAAUCGUCUCUCAUAUAUUGUUGUUUCUGUUGCUUACUUGGUAAAAGUUGUAACUAUGUAUCUGUUUCUUAUUGUGUUGUGUGGUUUACAUAAAUAAAGAUCAACAGAAGAA